AGGUCCUCUGUCAGUCUGUCCAGCAGCUCGCCUGAAUGAAAACACAGCAGACGACACUACUAGUGAAGCAGGGAAGCAGAGUUGAGGCGAUAAGAAUCAACUGCAAUCUUCCUCUUUUCUCUUCUCGGGUGUGAACGCUGUACAUCUUCUAUCAGCGUGCUGUGUGCUCGACGUGACCGAGCAACAUGGACCCACGAAAAGUGGCAGAGUUAAAGGGCUUCGUGCAGAUGUGCGAGUCCAGUCCCGAUAUCCUGCACCUUCCAGAGAUGAGCUUCUUCCGGACCUGGUUGCAUGGCAUGGAUGCAACAAUCCCUCCCCCACCCAAGACAAAGGGGUCAUGCCAGGGUGGCUGUCCUUGUGGUCCUCCCCCUUCAACGGCUCCCCCUCCUGAGUCACAGCCUCCUGUGCGGUCUGAGAACGAGGAGAGUGAUCUAGAAAUUGAAAAUGAGGGAGUGAUUGAACCAGACACUGAUGAGCCACAGGAGAUGGCAGAUAUUGCAACCACUGAGGUCACAGAGGAGAUGAUGGACCAGGCAAAUGAGAAGAAGGUAGCGGCCAUUGAUGCUCUAGGAGAAGGCGAUCUGCAGAAAGCUCUGGAUCUUUUUACUGAAGCCAUCAAUCUGAACCCCUGCGUAGCCAUCAUGUACGCCAAGAGGGCAAGUGUCUAUAUCCAGAUGCAGAAACCCAACGCAGCCAUAAGAGACUGUGACCGAGCCAUCAGCAUCAACCCAGACUCCGCACAGCCUUACAAGUGGAGGGGAAAAGCUCACAGGCUGCUCGGCCACUGGGAGGACGCAGCUCGGGAUCUGGCCACAGCCUGUAAACUGGACUAUGACGAGGACGCCAGCGCGAUGCUGAAGGAGGUCCAGCCUAAGGCUAAGAAAAUCAUGGAGCACAGACGCAAAUACGAGCGUAAGAGAGAAGAGAAGGAGGUCAAGGAUAAACAAGAGCGGAUAAAGAUGGCCAGAGAGGAGCAUGCCCGGGCUCAAAGGGAGGAGGAUGCGCGACAGCCCGGAGGAGGAUUCUUCCCAGGUCCUGCUGGAUUCCCAGGCGGAGCCCCCGCUGGCAUGCCUGGCAUGCCUGGCAUGGCCGGCAUGCCCGGCAUGGCCGGCAUGCCCGGCAUGCCAGGGCUCGGUGAACUCCUGAAGGAUCCUGAGCUGCUCAACGCCAUGAAGGACCCUGAGGUGAUGACUGCCUUCCAGGAUGUGGCACAGAACCCGGCCAACAUCUCCAAGUACCAGAACAACCCCAAAAUCAUGGCCCUCGUCACCAAGCUGAGCUCCAAAUUCGGAGCUUCACCACAGCCAUAGACAGGGGGGGGGGGGGGGAAAGGA